AUGUGCGGUGUUGAACGCUUUCAAUUUCAGUUGGCCCAGGGUUUGGACCGUGGAAAGCACAAUCGUGCUUCGUCCGUUCUGGUAUGGGAUGUCAUUCGAGAAACGGGGGCUAAGCAACAGUUUGCUACAAACGCUAACUCUGAAUUCUCCAGUGGACUCCCAGCUGAUUCUCUCUACAACAUGGACAAAUUCGCCGGUGACACCUAUGUCAAAGACAGGCGAAUGCAUUCGUUUUGUGAUCGUCCACUCUGUGAUGCUUGCCAAAAUGAAAGUGUGGUUUCGUUUGCAUGGGUCUCGAAGAACUCCUUUGUUGUUGGUCUUGCUAGUCGUCACAUAAAACUCUAUGAUAUUUCCGCGUUGUGCAAUUCAUUUGCGACUUCUGACCUCUUCUCUCCAUCCAGUUUUGCGCCCAAUGCCCUGUUUCCUGCAGUCAAAGAGGGCUGGCUGGGCGUCCUGCUGGCUGACUCUGUGGACAUUAGAGUCUACAACGCUCUUCUCACUUUCUCACGUCCCAUGGAAGAGUGUGAACAAUUUCUCUCUGAACUACGUGCUACCACCUCAAGGAUAGACGACAACGGAAGUGCCGUGACCGGGACUAUUGCCCCCUUUGUCUCUUUCGCGUGGCACGGCUCCAUUGUAAAUUGCAUUAUCACCAUCGAUCAUAUGGGUUGUCUUAACGUCGCCAAGGUCAACGAAAUGACCGCUCUUACUUGGUCGCCCAACCACACACUAUUGUGGACAGUCAGUUCCGCUUGGCUGGGACUUGACCGCACAGGUCUCUUUGGCCCUCGUGGCUACACCUUCGAGCAUUCCGGCAUUUGUGCAGUGGAACAGGAAGGAGCGGUGGUGCCGCCCUCCUCCCCCUCGGCACCAUCUCUUCGUCACCGCCACUUCUACCGCCGUAGUUGUCUAUCUGAGCGCUUCGCAAAUGGCAUCGCGCAGUUGGCUGCCAAGUUCAAUGCCAACCUCGACUCGGCAAUGCAGAAACGUGCCGAUGCUGGCUAUGGUCUUGAGGUCGUGGAGACACCGUAUUCGGAGAUAGUGGCGGACGAUCCCCAACUCAGGAGCCUUUGGAUCCUGAUUGAGUGCCAGGAUCCUACCUGGGGUGGGGUACGUGGUCGUACUGGCAUCACCACGGGUUUGCGCUGUCAGGGCGCCUUGGCGAUCCUCUGUGGCGACGAGCCGACGGCCUCCAAAGCCAUUGACGGGGCUGACUGGCAAGGAAUUGACGCGCAUUUACCUUUCCCGCGAUACAGCAGUUCCAAGCGAUCGCGAGUUCUGCGAAUGUGCAUGUGGCCACUGGACGCCCCGGCAGAUGUACAGCGUCGGGUCUUCGAAAGCGUUUGCUCUAAUCUGGAGUUCGAGCGGGCCGCCGCAAUGGCUCUUAUCAACCUCCAAUUCGAUUGGGCUCUCAGUUUUCUUUCACGUGCUUCGGAGUAUCGUCGUACGAAAGAGAUUGAGACUGAGUUGGACCAGGUGGUUGGCGCCUCGGCUGUCUCCACGAGCGCCACCGCGCUCACUGCCUCAGAAACCGACUUGAUCGGGCUGGCGCUAUCAGGUUUCUCCGACUCUCGCAAUCACCUCUGGCGCAACGCCUGCGCUGACGUACUGGGCCGGCUGCACAACCCCUACCUUCGCCUUAUGUUUAAAUUCCUCACCGUCGCUCGUGGCGACUUUUCCAGCGAUGUCGACUUCAUGGAAAUACUUGAAAACGAAAGUCUCUCUCUCAUCGACCGUCUGGCCUUUGCGUGCCUCUACCUCAACGAUGAUAAGUUGAGUGAGUAUGUGCUCUCAACCUUCCACCGGAUGCUUGGUGACGGUCGUCUGGAGGCAGUACUGCUGACAGGCCUCUCCUCGGGCCAUUUCUUCGACCUACUGCAGCACUACGUGGACCUCACAUUCGACGUGCAGACUGCGGCCAUCCUUGGACUCCACGCCUGCUACCUCUGUCGUCGCGCCGCUCCUCCCACUUCCACCGCUGCCACUGCCGCCACCACCACUACCCUUACCACCUCUACGCCCGCAGCAGCUCGCGUCGUUGGCACUGGCCAAAGCCGAAUGCGUUUGCGAGGUUACAGAAAUGGGGCCGACAGGUCGUCUCUUCUGUCUGCUACAGGGCUGGCCAAUGCGGCAUCACCGUCGGCUGAUAAAAUGGUUGCCAAACUGGGUGGUAGGCAACUGGCUAACUGGGUAGAAACCUACCGUGACAUGCUGGACCGAUGGAGAAUGUGGUUCUAUCGGGUAGACUUUGAUAACUACUACGCCACCCGUCUCGUCACUCCCUUCUUCUACGCUAGCGUUCAAUCCAGAGCCAGUAGUGGUGCUGUUAGUAGCAGCCUCAGCGGCAACUCGUCAAGGGAGACCUCCCUCCAAAGCGCUGCCAAACCCCUACCACCGAUCACGCCUGUUCGCGGGAUUGGUCUGCCUGCUGCUGCUAGUCAGUCUGUUAAACGCCGUCAGAUAUUCGCCUCGUGCAUCUACUGUGGUUGGCGCCUGGGCGGUGUGGUGCGAGGGACUGUGGAGGAACCUACAUCUACGCCCGUUCCCUCCCCCGCUGCCACUCCCACUGCCGCCCCUGCAGUAGCCGUAGCUGCCGUUGCGUCAGGAGCGGGCGCUGGUUGCCGUACUUCGAUGCACGCAGGUGGUGGUAAGCAGACAAUCUGUUGGCACUGCCUCAAGCCCCUUCCGCGUUGCUCCAUCUGCCUCAUGCACAUGGGCUCCGAGGUGAGUGAUCUGACCGAGGCAAAGAUGAAGACUAGCCGCAAAAAGACCGCAGCUCCCGCUGCUGGUAAAACCGCCACUUCGUCCAUCAAGGGCAGUGUGUCAGACGCCACCGGAGUGACUCAAUUAGAGGCGCCUGCUGGUGCUGCAUCGUUAAAAAUCGCCAUUAGUUCGAAAACAGCUGAGGAGAAAAAAUCGGCGAAGAUAAACAUCCCGUUAAGCAAAAAGCCGGAAGUAGUAGGUGGCAGCGAUGACGCCAGUCGCGGUGGUCCGCUGCGUCUGGCCAGUUGGUUUGUUUGGUGCCAGGCCUGUCGUCACGGUGGUCAUGCAAGCCACAUCUUUGAUUGGUUCUACGGCGGUGGUGGCGCCAGUGCUCUUUCGCCCAAUCUCAUCGAGUGCCCCGUCAACGGGUGCUGCUGUCACUGCGCCAGUCUCGACUCCUCGGUGCCACAGCCGCGCCCUACGCCACCGCCUCCUACCACCACCACCACGACGGUGGGCGGUGCCGCUGCUGGCGACGAAACGUCAAGGGAUACCACUGCGAUGAUGGUGACGAUGCAUGAGCUGACGUUGAAUUCAGCUCUCUCUCCCCUGUCAUCCUCUUCUUCGUUGACAUCACCGGCGUUGACACCCAUGGACGCCUCACCGUAUGCAGAAGAGGUGGGGGGAAAACUGUUAAGGCGUAGUCCAGUGACACCCGCAUCAGUGCCGAAGAACCGCAGGGAGAUUGUCGACCCCGUGGUGCUGGCGAUGGCGGAUGCAGAGAAGGGUGAUGAGGGGAUGGAAUCCGAGGAUUAA